AUGGCUAGUAUUUUGGUUUCACCGGUCGACGCCCUUGCGGACGCUAUUGCCCCGCAAGCCGAUUAUUUACACUGUCUAAUUGCCGUGCUGGCUAAUGUUAAUUUGACCGACUAUUCGUUUCCUGUCUAUCCCAACGAAUUCCUGAGAUACGAGCAGAACCUAAUUCCUAGAUUCAAAACGCUAGCCACUACAAGGAUCCAACAAGAGAUAGCCGAACAAGAAGAACGAGAAAAAUCAUUGCUCAUCCACCACUUGGACAAUAAGGUCAUCGACAUUGCAAAACCUCAGCCAGAGGUACUUCCCGUGGUGAUGAAGGAGCCGUUGCAGAGAAGCGUUUCUGCCGAGAAGGAAGUGAAAACCCCGACGAUGUUCAAACCGAACCCGAAUGCAGGUGCGGGCGUGAACCGUGGGAACAGGCGCCUGACUGGGUACGCUGGACUGCACAAGUUGAUGAAUCCGGCUGGUUCCUUGGUCGGGAACUCCGUUGGCUCGAACAACACCAAGGGCCUAAUGGAGAAAUUCCUGGCUUCCAGAGGAAAAAUGACCAACGUAAUGCCGACGUUCAACAAGUCCGUGGAUCCAUCUAUUCGAACGUCCAAGCCUCAGCAGCGACCAAGCCCGAAGAAAACUGAGUCGCCGAUGCAGACGAUCGCCACAGCAGUGAAGGCAGAGGAUGGGGCGCCAACGUCCCGUCGGCAGAUCAGCGGCGCCGCGAAGCAGAUCAUGCGCCGGACGUACGCCACCGCUGAAGAAAAAAUCCAGCUGGAGCUCCAAGAGAUGAAGCAGCGCGAAAAGGAACUCAGGUACGUGUCAACACCGCUGCUAUGUGUGAUCUGC